UGUGGCCAUGAAACUACACAUCAUGACCAUGCUCAUCCAUCAUCCCACAUGCAUCACAUGGACCAUUCCCUCAUGAUUUUCUUCACCUUGAAGGACCUAAAGCUGGGGAAAACAAUGGCCAUCUAUUUUCCCAAAAGAAACCUUUCAAAAUCUCCCCACUUGUUGCCAAGAGUAGAAGCUGAUUUAUUUCCCUUCUCCUCAAAACAACUCCACUACCUUCUUCAAGUUUUUUCCUUCUCUCAAGACUCUCCCCAAGCCAAAGCCAUGGAAGAUACUCUUAGACAUUGUGAGACUGCACCCAUCAAAGAAGAGAUCAAGUCAUGUGCUACUUCUUUAGAAUCAAUGCUUGACUUUGCACGCAGCAUCUUCGGAUUGGAUAAUACUUUCCGUGUUGUUACCCAUCUCACAAACUCAUCCACCCAUUUCCAGAACUACACUAUUUUGGAAGAGCCUAAAGAGGUUUUAGCUCCCAAGAUGAUGGCAUGUCACACCAUGCCUUACCCUUAUGCCGUUUUCUACUGUCACAGCCAAGAAAGGUUGAACAAGGUUUACAAGGUUUCAUUAGGUGGUGAGGAUGGAGAUAGAGUGGAUGCUGUUGCUGUUUGCCACUUGGACACCUCUCAGUGGAGCCCUAAUCAUGCUUCAUUUCAAGUCCUUAGGAUUAAGCCAGGGCCUUCCCCUGUGUGCCAUUUCUUUCCCGCUGAUAAUCUUGUAUGGGUUCCAACCUCCACUUCUGUGUAACAUUUAAUGCAGGACAGUGUUUGACUAUAAAAUAAAAGGUCAAUGUUCUUCGGAACUUGUCGAUUUUCUAGCUCCCUAAACUACGUACAUAUUCUCUUAUGUCUAUAUAAUGUUAGGAAGAUCAAACUUUUUAAAUUAAAUUUGUAAACCAAAUGAUGUGGUUGUUGAUGAUUUGAUUAUUGUUUAAGUAUUGGUUAA